UUCGCAUUUUUCGCGAACUUAGCGCCAAAUACGAAAGUCUAGUGGCCGUCGACGUCGAUAGAGUUGAUAAUCGCUUGACACGCGAUCGCAACCCGUCCGAGUUGGAACGCCGCGCUCGUCUAUGAGCCGAGGUGAACACGGCGCGCCGCUCCAAUCGGCCGCGUUUCACAUAGAAAAAUCUGACAGCUCGAAACCGUCACAAGAAAUAAUGUCGUUUUUAUUACAUUUUUUGAUAAAUUAUUAUUCUAGUUGUGAUCCAACGAUCGGUCGGCGGCCUUAUCGAUUUUCCUAUUUAGCGCGCGACUGUAUUUUGUACUUUUUCGAAAGGUCCGCAUGCGAGUGUCUAGGCGCUUUCGAAAAACGUUUUACUUGUAUUUUCUCGCGGCGAACGGACGUCGUGCGCGGUGCCGUAAAUUGGUAAUAAUUCCGUUCAUUACACGGUAAUACGCCGCUCGAAUAUGGGUUAGUGCUUCGAUGGGAGUAUCGAGACGGUGUCGAUGUCGAGUGCAACUUUCGGAAUGUUUGUUGCAGUGCAUGUUUUAACUGUUUUGUUUAUCUAAUAGUUGUGUCUAGUGCAUUCCGUGCGUGAAAUCAUUCGGCUGAAUUGUGUUUUUAUGUUGUGACGGAUGUCUGGGGGACGAAGCGGCGGGUGACGACGCAGCCGAGAUCGUAAGUCGGCUGGCCAGCCGUCUGUUGCUGGAUCCGUCCGCGGCUGCACGUACCCGUUGAAGAAUAUUUCACCACGACGCAGAAUAUACGAAUCCAUAUGAUACCAAAGUUCUAGAAGCAACCGUGGCUAAGCUGUGGAAAAUGGUGUCCCAGCAGUACUGCUUGCGGUGGAAACACCACCACAGUAAUGUGCAGAAUAUGUUCGCACAACUACUGGAGAAGGAGCGGUUCUGCGACGUGACCCUGUACUGUUCACCGAGUUUUGCGACGCAAGUGUCCAACAAGGACACCGUAGAACCUGAGAAUAUACGCGGCGUGUCUCUUAGAGCACAUAGAGUGGUGCUAGCAGCAUGCUCAGAACUGCUGGCGGCUCUGCUGGGCGCCCAUGAGGCGCAUGGGGAGCCAGUCCUGGUAAUAGAUGGAGCGGAGCCUCGGCAUCUACGAGCACUGCUCGACUACAUGUAUACUGGGGAAAUGAGUGUACAUCACUCGCAGUUGGCGAGUCUUCUUAAGACCGCAGAGGAGUUGAGGAUCAAAGGUCUGACGCAUCUACGGGUAAAUAACAACGGUGAACCGCCCGACUGUGAAACUGGCGUAAUCACGACUACAACUGUCACCCAAGAUACAGACAAACAGACAGAAAAGACCAGCGUGGAAAGACGCACGCCGGAGUCCAGACCGGAGAGACCGAUCGAAUCUAGACCUGAGAGACCGACCGAGUCCAGACCUGAGAGACCGACAGACACCAGAACGGAGACAGCUGACAGGUUUCAGAGUAAACGGGAUACGGAGACGAGCGUUACUGAGAGUAAUAAAGAAUCUAAACCAACGGAGAAAUUUAAUAUAAACGGAGGACCUCCGCCAUUAAUAAAGUUGCCGUUGAUAGAAAAAACGAGUCCAUUGAAAAGAGAAACUUCGGAUACUGAAAGUCCAAGUCCUAAAAGAAAACGACUUACCAGUGGAACUGAGAAUACGGAUGAAGAGGCUCUUACACCUAAAACGGAACAAGAAUGGCAGCAUGGGAAUUUGGAUAUAACCGCGGAGCGUGUAGUGAGUUGGGGCGCGGGUGAGAGCGGGGAGUGGUCGCGCGAGGGGUCCGACGACGACUGGGCGGACGCGCCCGCGGACAUCGGCUCAUUCCUCAGCACCAGUCUUCGUGUGGACGGCGACAAUAGUGCUGAUGACUCCGAGGACAGCACGGUGCACACCGGGUGCAGCUCCGCCGCCACCGCCGCCACCGCCGGUCCUGCGGGGCCCGCCGGUGAGCCAUUCACUCUUAUACCAAAUCCGAACCCUACGGGCAAAAGUAAACAAAUCGAUCCUCGCUUCACGGAUGUCAUCAAAUUGAAUGAUUAUCUUCAACACGGUAGACGGCCGCAGUUCUGGGAGGAGAGUUAUGUCAAAAAGGUGAUGGAGGCGGUGCGGCUGAAGGAGCUGGAGAUGAAGCACGCGGCGGAGCUGCUCGGCGUCAGCUACGGCACGCUGUACGGCCGCUACCGGGACGUGUAUGGCUGCAUUAACAGGCCCUACCGUGUGUGCAGCAGCCGCGAGCUGUGGCACGCGGGCCCCGCGGACGUGCUGGAGCGGCUGCAGCGCGGCGAGGUGACGCGCGACGCGGCCGCGCUGGCGCUCGGCGUCGCGCCCGCCAACCUCGCCGCGUACGUGCUCGACCUCGCCGCUGACAAAGAAUUUGAGCCAAUACCGAUAGAAAUGGACUCGACAGUCAAGAUGCGCACACGCACAGUCAGCGCCGCGCACAAGCCGCGCAAGUCGCCGCACACCGACAAGAGUAAAAAGUUAUUGGGUAAUAUGACAGAUGAGGACAGCGGCCCGGGGGUCACGAGUCCGCAUGACAAAUGUCAAUAUGCCGCACAACCUGCCACCAGUGGUAAAUGGCCUUCAAUCCGUGUGGCAUCGAUAGAGUCCCUCCGCGAGGGCUCCGCGUCCGGCGCGGGCGCUGCGCCCUCGCCCUCCGCCCUCAUGCGCACGCGCCCCGACCUCACUAUAGUGGCGGCGCGCCGCAGGGAGGACGACACAUCCUAAGACAACAAAAAAACA